UAGAGGCAUGGGAUUAAUUUGUAGCCAAUUACCACUCACAGUGGAAUAUUAAUGCAUAAAUAAGCCACGGCUUUAAGUUUUGGAGAUGGUCAGAGCUGUGUAAAGGGGAGGGUAUCCAGCUGGGCGCGCGCGAGCGUGUGUGUAUGUGACAUAAACGACGGGGUGUCCCAAGGAGACGGUUCAAACCCAAAAAAGGACCUGAGCAGGGGGACAUCAGCAUCACAAUCUAGAGACCGGCUGGAUCAACUCCUGAACAAAAUCAUCUUAAGUAGCAGUCUGAACUUAUUUGUCUAUGUCUUUUCACCAGCAUGUGUCCUGUUGAAUAAAGAACGGCAAAAGAGAACAGAAUUCAGACGGCUGUGCUGCCCUCUGGAGAGCUAUGAACCGGGAUAAAGUGCAGGUUGGCGACUCCAUCGUACCUGCCGCUGCCGGCGUGAUCGUGGUCGCUCCGCAGGACGGCAUGGACGACAAGCGCCUCGCUGCCGGAGAACUGCCCGUGUUUAACUGCGCCGGAGGGAGAGACGCUUUACCGGCGGAGAGCCGAGAAACCUCACCGAGACACGAGCCUUCACCCGCGGGCGCGCCUCCUACCGUACACCGGACAACCUCGUUCUCGGUUCUGGACAUUUUGGAUCCCAAUAAAUUUACUAGUAAGAGGCAAACACCUAAUAGGACAGGUUGUGAUUUCACGUUUGGUACAGAAAACAGAAGCGAUGACUCAAAUCAUACGAUCGAGCACAAGUCUUAUCAAGAGGACUACGACUGUAAAAAAACAUCAGGUAUUUUAAAAGACGGAUUUGUGUUCCGGUCAGAUGAAUGUGAGGCUGAUUUUACCCGAGGGAAUCAGUCGGACAUCGAGCUGCAGGAGGAUCUGUGCAGCGAGGAGAGUAGCGCCCUGCUAGGAAACAACGACGCCGAGUUUGGGCAGCACGAGGACGACGACUCACUAAACAAAAGUCCUGAAGGACAGCAGACUCAACAGUCCUCAUCAAACGGACAGAGUCACCCGGUGAAACCCAAGCGUAAGCGCUCCGGCUCUGACUCGAAGUCUGGAAAACCCAGAAGGGCCCGGACUGCGUUCACGUACGAGCAGCUGGUGGCUCUGGAGAACAAAUUUAAGUCGACGCGAUACCUGUCCGUGUGCGAACGCCUCAACCUGGCGCUGUCUUUGAGCUUGACGGAGACUCAGGUGAAAAUAUGGUUUCAGAACCGUCGGACAAAGUGGAAGAAACAGAACCCGGGCGCGGACACGAGCGCACCAACAAGCGGGAGCGGAGGUGGACCGAGCAACGGACUGAGCGGCCUGAGUCCUCUGAGCCCGUCUCCUCCUAUGAACGGCCAUCUGUCCAUGCACACCAGCUACCCGGGUCACACGCCAGGAGGACUCGUAUGCACCACUCAGUUACCCUUUCUGCCGGGUCACGCGGUACUGUCACCCUUCAUGCUCGGCUCUCAGACUUAUGGAGCUCCCACAUUUUACGCACCACACUUAUAAGAAGAAAUCUUUAGUAGAUGUCCUGCAUCGGAAGAAACAAAACGUCCGGUCAACUCUGCAAAGGAACAUUUUUAACAUGAAGCACUAUGCUGUCACACACUUGCAAAGACAUUUGAUAGGUCUUAAAAACCGAGAUAUAGCAACCAUUUCUGCACUGUGGCAAACCCAGAAUUAGAAAUAAUUUUCGGCAAUACAUGCUAAUAAUUAGAUCUGAUUUAAAUCUGCUUCGUUUUGAUCAACUGUGAAUAUUUCUGAAGAUCAAACUGUAUAUAUUUAGUUAUGAAAAGUGUUUAGACAUUAACUUUGAUAGCAAAUGUAGUAGGGAAUUAAACGAUUAUGUACUGAAACAAAGAAUGAGAUUGGACUAAAAAUCGUGUAAACAUAAGCCUAAUGAAAAUGUUUUUUUUUUUACUGUGGGCCAUAUUAUUUAAUUCUGACGUUGCAUAGACUAUGCUAUUAUUUAAUUGUUUGUCUCCCAAUUAAAUGGUUGAAAUAAAAUGGCAGAUGACAAAGAUAAGUUGUCAAACAUUUCGUUGUCAUAAGCCUGGCAUUAUGAACUAGAUUUAAAACUAAGUUUUACAUGAUCUUGCACUAUAUGCUAAUGCAUGAAUUGAAAUUGAAAAUU